CUGCCUUUCGGCUGUAACAUGCAGCCCUGGCUCUCUGCCUUCUUCCUAAACAUUGUCACGCCAGGCCCGGGACACGGUGUUAGAGAAGACAAAAGCCUGAGAUGGGUCUGCUGAGCUCUAAGAAUCAGAACGCCAAGCAAGCCCACGUUCUCCUCCUGGGGCUCGAUUCAGCCGGGAAAUCUACCCUCCUGUAUAAGUUAAAGCUGGCGGAGAACGUCUGCACCAUGCCCACCAUCGGCUUCAACGUGGAGAUGAUCCACUUGGAAGGCGACCUUCCGCUCACCGUGUGGGACGUGGGCGGGCAGGAGAAGAUGCGCGCGGCGUGGGGCUGCUACUGCGAGGACGCCGAUGGGCUGCUCUACGUGGUGGACAGCACGGACCAGCAGCGGCUCGAGGACUCCCGGAAAGAGUUCAAGCACAUCCUGCAGAAUGAGCACAUAAGGAACGUGCCCGUCGUCGUACUGGCCAACAAACAGGACGUGCCUGGAGCUCUGAGCGCGGAGGACAUCACCAGGAUGUUCAGAGUGAAGAAGCUGUGCAGCGACCGCAGCUGGUACGUGCAGCCCUGCUGUGCCAUCACCGGGGACGGCCUGGCCGAGGGCUUCCGGAAGUUAUCCGCCUUCCUGAAGAGCCGCACCAAGUCCAGGGACACCUUAGCGUUCUUCAAGCAGAAGUGAGGCUCACCAGAGACCCCCGAUGAAGUUGGACUGAGUCUCAUGCAUCCAUGACUGGCUUCAAACUUACUUUGUAGCUGAG